GCCCUGCCCACCAGGGACGUUUGGCCAGAACUGCAGCCAGGACUGUCCUUGCCACCACGGAGGGCAGUGUGACCAUGUGACCGGGCAGUGCCACUGCAUGGCUGGAUACAUGGGGGACAGGUGCCAAGAGGAAUGCCCCUUCGGGACCUUCGGCUUCCAGUGCUCCCAGCGCUGUGACUGCCACAACGGGGGCCAGUGUUCUCCCACCACUGGCGCCUGUGAGUGUGAGCCUGGCUACAAAGGCCCUCGCUGCCAGGAGCGGCUGUGCCCUGAGGGCCUGCAUGGCCCAGGCUGCACCUCGCCCUGCCCCUGCGAUGCCGACAAGACCAUCAGCUGCCACCCAGUAACUGGAGCUUGCAUCUGCCAGCCGGGGUGGUCUGGCCGCCACUGCAAUGAGUCCUGUCCUGCAGGCUACUAUGGCGAUGGCUGCCAGCUGCCUUGCACCUGUCAGAAUGGCGCCGACUGCCACAGCAUCACUGGGAGCUGCACAUGUGCCCCAGGCUUCAUGGGGGAGGUCUGUGCUGUCCCUUGUGCUGCAGGGACCUACGGCCCCAACUGCUCCUCGGUCUGCAGCUGUAACAACGAUGGCACCUGCUCCCCAGUAGAUGGCUCCUGCACCUGCAAAGAGGGAUGGCAGGGCCUCGACUGCACCCUGCCAUGUCCCAGUGGGAUGUGGGGCCUGAACUGCAAUGAGAGCUGCACCUGUGCCAAUGGGGCAGCCUGCAGCCCUGUUGAUGGUUCCUGCUCCUGCACGCCCGGCUGGCUGGGGGACACCUGCGAACUGCCCUGCCCGGAUGGCACAUUUGGGCUGAACUGCAGUGAGCGCUGUGACUGCAGCCACGCUGAUGGUUGUGACCCUAUCACAGGCCACUGCUGCUGUUUGGCCGGAUGGACAGGCAUCCACUGUGACAGCACAUGUCCGCCUGGUCGCUGGGGCCCCAACUGCUCUGUGUCCUGCAGCUGCGAAAAUGGUGGUUCCUGCUCCCCAGAGGAUGGGAGCUGUGAGUGUGCUCCGGGCUUCCGAGGACCCUUAUGCCAAAGAAUCUGCGCCCCUGGGUUCUAUGGCCACGGCUGCGCCCAGCCAUGUCCCCUCUGUGUGCACAGCAGUGGACCCUGCCAUCACAUAAGCGGCAUCUGCGAGUGCCUCCCCGGAUUCUCUGGAGCCCUCUGCAACCAAGUGUGUGCUGGAGGGCACUUUGGACAGGACUGUGCCCAGCGCUGCUCCUGUGCCAACAACGGGACCUGCAGCCCCAUUGAUGGCUCCUGCCAGUGUUUCCCCGGAUGGAUUGGCAAGGAUUGCUCACAGGCUUGCCCAGCUGGGUUCUGGGGCCCCGCCUGCUUCCACACAUGCAGCUGCCACAACGGGGCGAGCUGUAGCGCCGAGGAUGGGGCCUGCCACUGCACCCCCGGCUGGACCGGACUCUUCUGCACUCAGCGCUGCCCAGCAGCAUUUUAUGGGAAGGACUGUGGGCGUGUGUGCCAGUGUCAGAAUGGCGCCAGCUGUGACCACAUCAGCGGCAAGUGCACCUGCCGCACGGGCUUCACGGGGCGACACUGUGAGCAGAGAUGUGCUCCAGGAACCUUUGGCUAUGGGUGUCAGCAGCUAUGUGAGUGCAUGAACAAUGCUACCUGUGACCACGUCACAGGCACCUGUUAUUGCAGCUCUGGAUUCAAAGGGAUCAGGUGUGACCAAGCUGCCCUCAUGAUGGAGGAGCUGAAUCCCUACACCAAGAUCAGCCCAGCACUGGGUGCAGAACGGCACUCGGUGGGUGCUGUCACAGGCAUCGUCCUCCUGCUGUUCCUCAUUGUGGUGCUGCUGGGUCUGUUUGCCUGGCGCCGGCGGCGACAGAAAGAGAAGGGCCGAGACCUGGCUCCCCGCGUCUCCUAUACACCUGCCAUGAGGAUGACCAGCACUGACUACUCCCUUUCAGGUGCUUGUGGAAUGGAUAGACGUCAGAACACAUACAUUAUGGACAAAGGCUUCAAAGAUUACAUGAAAGAAUCCGUGUGCAGUUCUAGCACUUGUUCUUUGAAUAGCAGUGAAAACCCUUACGCCACAAUUAAGGACCCACCUAUCCUCACCUGCAAGCUUCCAGAAAGCAGCUAUGUAGAAAUGAAAUCGCCUGUGCACAGGGGGUCUCCAUACACAGAUGUGCCAUCCUUGUCAACAUCUAAUAAAAAUAUAUAUGAAGUUGGUAGGUGUCUCAAAUAAGUAACUUAGUAAAAUCAGGGCACUAGUACAGCAUCUAAAGUAAAAACAAGCCCUCCCCCUGUCUUGAAAAUACCUCCUUCUGUUGUUGCUUUUUAAGGAAUCCAAAGUGAACUGUCUUUCCCCGGACUGCCCUCCUCUCUCCUACAGGAAAUAAAAUUUUUGUGCCAACUCUGCUUUAAAAAAAAAAAAAAAAAAACACUAAAACUACUAUGAAGCAGAAAUAUGGGGGGUAGGGAGUCAGUACACAAACACAUACACUCUGACUGAUUGUUGAUACAAAUUCCUGUUUAAAAAGAAAACAAUCAGAAUAGAUGUUUGCAAAUUUCUAAAUCACCUUCUACUUUCUCCCAGUUUAAACCAUCUCCCCUAUUUUUAGGAUAUUCUAAGUCCUUAAGUUUUGACCAGAGUUUGGGACUGAUAGCACGCUCACUUCGGUUCUCCAUCCCUUAAACAAGACUCAGUCCUAAACCUCAUGCAUUUGUCAUAGAUUUAUAAAUCCCCGGCUUCUCAUCCCACCAAGUUAAGUAGAACUGUGUUCUCCACAACAAGGCAACCAAAGCUAAUCUGUUCUCUGAACUCAUUUUUCACUAUAUUCCUUAGAGCCCACAGUCAGUGUGGUCCAAGAAGGCCGUGGUUGUAACUCCAGCUAUAUCCAGAAUCCAUACGACCUACCUAGGAACAGCCAUAUUCCUGGUCAUUAUGACCUCCUCCCAGUAAGACAGAGCCCUGCCAAUGGGCCCUCCCAGGACAAGCAGUCUUAAGAGGGAGAAGCCUCUCUCUUGCUAUGUACUCUGCUGAAUAUUCUCUGACUCUCUGAAAGAAGACAAUCCUUUGACUUGAAAUAAUGGUCCAGACUGACUCCAGCUGCGUGUUAGUCAUAACGUUCACCUGGAACUAAAGAAGAGCUUCCAAAAGGGACUGGAGUAAUUGUUCAAAAGGUCCUUCACAAAGGCAAAUUCUACUACUCACCCACCCCCAACCCCAAAUGCCCUGGAGUAUAUGAGUCUUUUAAAACAUUUAAGAUAUAGCUACUCAUCAACAUCAGCUUGUAUGUAUUUAUAAGUUAAAAUCAUCUGAAAUUGAUGCUUAGAAAGCAUGUAGCAUAGGUUUUACCAAACUUUCCUAGGGGUAAUGGGGACUGGGGAAGAGACAGGAUUAUUUUAAAACAUCUGAAAUACAUAUGUUCUUUUGGUUCCUGUUACCAUCAACAUGUUUCAUUUCUUAAGACAAUUAGUAGAUGGACACAAACUGUGCCAAUAUCAAUCCUAAAGUACCUGUACAUAUAUGCCAGGUCAAAUUAUAACAGCCAGGAUUACAGAGUUUAGGAUAUAGUCUAACACUGACAACUUCUAUUUUUUUAAAUAAGACUUUAAUAAAUACAAACUAACUUUCCCUCUUCUGCCCCUGGUAGUAGGAGGAAAAACAGUUUCCAAAGUACAGCAGCCUCUUGCAGUCUAAAAGAAAGAUUUUUAGCCUGGCUUUACCAGAUCUUGCCAAUUCAAAGUUUAAAAACAUUGCAAGUCAGUCCUGGCCUUGUCAUUAUCUCCUUAGUCCAUCCAACACCUGAGUCAUUCCAUGUGAAAGAGAACUCUGGGAUGAUGCUUAAGCAAGCAGUCACAGACUGUUAUGAAUUCAAUAUUCCUAAAAACAUUCUUUGGCCUCCCAAAUUUAUUUGGUUGGCAUUCCUUGACUCAGAAGAGUACUUGCUUUCAAGCAUUUCUUCAUAAGUCUUGAGCUUGAUAUAGUAUGAAGCCUAAAAGUGUAGUGCAAAGUAGACAAAAGUGGAUAUAGGAAGUUUAAGUUGUGUAAAGUACAUUAUGCUUUUUGAUGGCACUAAAUGAAAUGAUCAAAGAAAGAAUGGAUGGUAAUCAAUUGCUGUAACAUGAUGUAAAAACUUAGCAUAUAAGUAGAUGAAAUAUUUCUACCUUCUGACCACCACCUACUGAGAUGGACAAAAAUGUAUUACAAGGAGCUAAUCUCCAAAUAACCAGUAUUCAGAUGUAUCUACAUCUUCCACUACAAAUGAAUAUAAGCUAAGGGGCUCAGAUUAGUUAAAAUGGAGCCACUCUCAAGCUCUCAAGAGGGCCUCCUCAGAAGAAUUAAAGAUCAAAAGGGCAAACCAGGGAAACUAAUGGCCACCCCAUAUACCACUCCAUUCUCUGAGUAACAGUCUAGCCAGUAAAAAAUACUUCCAAAAAGGUAUACAGAAGAGGAACUAAAUGACUGUAAAUGACUGCAAAGCUGGAACAGCUGCUACAGGAAGUGUGGGAGUUUUGAAGCCCUUGGUACACAUUGGAAGUCUGCCAUGGAACCCAUUAGUUAGGGCAAUAGCCAGCAAAAAUGAGAAAAUAAAUAAACGAGUAAAUCCCCCCUCUCCCGAUUCACUCAAGGCUUAAGCAAAUUUUAUUGUUAAAAUAUAAUACUUACAUGAAUGCUGCAUGUGUGCAUGGGAACAAGUGAUCAGCAGUAGCAAAUUUACUUUCCCAAAAAGCCUUAUUAAAAUAUAAAUAUUAGAAAACUACUUCAUAGGCCCAAGUGAAUAUUUCUCAUACCUAUGUAGAAAGAAAUAUAGAUAAGAGACUUACCUCAGUAUUUCAGGACAGCAAGUGCUCACUUCGUCAAGUAAGGAUCAAGAAGCAUGGUGAAGUCAGAUCAGCAGGAGAAACUUCAUCUUACUUCCAGAUUUUAUCUUCUUCCCUUACCCUGCAUGUACGGUAACUGCUGCCUGGCAAACUACAAAUAGCAGCAUCACUCAAGUUUCACCUCUUUUUUGCCAACUAUCUUCUGGACAAAAUUCAGCAAGAGGUGGCAUGAUGGAAUUGAUGGGUCAAGAGUGUUACUUGCCCUCUCUGGAUUCCUUUUUUCCCCAUGUGUUAAAAAAAAAAAAAAAAAAAAGGAAGAGGCAGAGAGGGUUAACAACCCUUCAACUCUAGCAUUCUAUGAUUUCUAAUAAAAUGUAAUACAGCUCAGAUCAGGCAAUACAGUGGAGAAGGGGAAGGCAGAGAGUGUGAUUAAUUUAGUGUGACAAUGGCUGCCUUCACAUAUCUAAGAGUUACUGGUAAAAGACAUUUCAAUCUAACAGAGCAACUAUCAGGAACUUCUGUUUAGCACUGACACAAACAGGUCUAUAGUCAACCUAAACAUGUGCACUGUGCAUUUUAUUGGCAACUUGGAAAGAUCUGUUCAAUUAUUUUUACAGAAAUUAAGUUUUCACUCAAAGUGAUGUACAUACAACUCAAAUGAAUAAGGAAUACACAAUUGUACAAUAGCGUAAGUGCAACUAUGAAAUGGCAAUACUUUUUUAAGCAACCCAGAUUUGUAAUAUAUUUGUUCACUGUGCAGAGGGAUCAUUCCUUGUACAAAAUAAAAU